GCGGACUGUCGUUCCACUCUAAAAGCGUCGCCCAGUACCACCCAAAACCAGCAGACCAUGUCCGCGGCCGUCCAGAAGACGACGGGCGACUUCAAGAACAAGCAGUUCUCCGAGGAGGAGGUGGCGUCCAAGGUCGUGGAGCAGUACGACGAGGUGCACGCGCGCACGUUCUACAAGUACGUGAUGGGCGGCGGCGGCUACGACAUCCACUACGGCAUGUUCCGCACGGCGUCCGACGGCGUCUUCGAGUCGUCGAAGAACACGAACGCGGCGCUCCUGCGCCUCCUCGACCAGACGCGGCCGGUGACGAAGGACAGCGUCGUCCUCGACCUCGGCAGCGGCCACGGGGGCCUGAGCCACGAGAUCGCGACGACCUUCGGCUGCAAGGUCGUGUCCUUCAACAUCUCGCCGGAGCAGAACAACAUGAACCUCGAGGAGGCCGCGCGCCUCGGCGUCAAGGAGCUCAUCUCCGUCGUCGAGGGCAACUUCAACGACGCCGCGACGUUCCCGCCCAAGAAGCUGCCCAAGAUCACGCACAUCGUCUCCUGCGAGGUCUUCUGCCACGCGGCGUCCAAGCCCGCGCUCCUCAGCGACAUCUUCAAGAUGCUCGAGCCGGGCGGCGCGCUCGUCUUCACGGACAUCAUGGGCGCGGACGGCGCGAACGAGAAGGCGCUCAAGGACUUCACGGACCGCAACGCGACGACGGAGAUGGCGCGCCCGAGCGGCUACCUCCAGCAGAUGAAGGACGCGGGCUUCGCGCACGUCGGCUUCUUCGACGGCAGCGGCCACCUCCUGCCCUACUUCGCCGCGAUGCUCGACGUCUGCCUCAAGCAGGGCGACGACAUGGUCAAGGACGGCGUGCCCCGCCCCUACCUCGACAAGUGGAUCGCGUCCCUCACGGACCGCGUCAAGAUCCAGGGCGACGAGGCCGUCUUCGCCUGGGGCCUCUUCUCGGCGCGCAAACCGGGGCCGCUCUACUGAGCUCGCGCACGCCCGCCGCAACAAGGCGCAACGCGCCGCCGCCGC